CUGUUUAGCUAGGACCGAACCGGUAAACUCACGCGCGUGGAAGAAGAAAAUAGAGUGAAAAAAUAAAACAGGGUGAGCAAAUGAUAGAAAGACCGAGAGAGAGAGAGAGGGGGGAGAAAAACACGCCAAGAAAGAGAGGAGAUAGAGAGAAGAUGCAAGAGAGAUGAAAAAAAAAGGUCUAACUAAUGAGUGUUGAGCUGUACUGCAGAGUUUAGCCAAACAGGCAAGCGGUAUACUCACUGGAGUUGUAGGUAGAGGAACUCAAGGUGUGCUCACGGUACGCAGUGAUUCACAUAAUACCUUUGGAUUGUUUCUUCUCUUCGCGUCCAUUCGGUGUACGAGGAAGUUUAAAGCUCAACUUGCGCUGAUGUGUACACUAAAUAGCCUCUAUUACUUGUGCCAACUGUAUUUUCUGUACUCGUUAUUUCUUCCUUACUAAACUUUCGUUUUUGAAAUAUAUAUAUUUCUUUUUAUCAUUCUUUAUAUCAACCUUUAUAUCAAACUUGUUAAGUCAAUUCUGUAUCAAUUCCUAUUUCCAAUGGUCUAGAUACACUGAUGUUAGAAUGUAAAUGUGAUUAGAAAUCUUGAUUUCUAUAACUAGAAUUUCAAUGUGCCUCGUUGGAGCUAGGAGUAAUUUUGUGUCCAGAAAAUGUUUAAUUUCUGAUCACUGAUGAUCUGUUCAAUUAGGAACACGGGAUUUAUGAAAAGUUGGUCACAUUAGUAUGAUGUCCAAACAUCACUGCACUGACCACGAUGGAUGACAUCCGAACAGAAGUGGUCACAGGCAAGUACACAGAUGAUGAAAACAGCGAUGCUCUUUCCGAGUACCAAGGGAUUAUAUUGUGGCCCAGAAGAUCUUACUUAUACAGAAUCUCCUUUCACUUUUUGAUGCCACUUUAUGUGAUUUUUCUACUCGGCUUCAGCAGUCCGUUUUGGAUGAAAAGGCUUCAGGUGGACAAGCACAGAGGGUACUACAACAAAGUGGACAAAGUGGACGUUAGCAUUGGACUUUGGCGAGUUUGUGAGGGGUCAGACUUUUCAAACAUCAUGGACUGCACGUCUCUGCCCGACUCCACUUCUUAUGAAAUGGCUUGCCAGGCAAUGAUGUGCCUCUCCCUCAUCUUCUCCUCCUUCUCCAUCCUCUUUGGGCUGUACGAGAACUGCGCCACCAUAUACGACACUGAAGAUGGCUCGGAGUCCAAGACCAAGUGGCCGGAAAUGAACGCCAUUGCUGCUGGAAUAUUUGGUCUUAUCGGUGUUGGUAUGUACGGUGUCAUCAUCAUAGAGAUAGCCCGCGAAGGGUCAGGCUCCGUGCACUGGGCAUUCCCAGUGACCACAGUGACCGUGACAGGCUUCAUUGUAUGUGGCAUACUGAUGGCCAUCUCGAACCCGAUACAAGCUCAAACACAAAACUAUCCUGGACAAAUUAUGAGACUGCCCCGCCAGAAUUCUCUGCGGCUACGAGAGCCGAGCAUCCAGGAUCGUCUGGUGGUCAUGAAUGAUAGCUCUGGUCAGCAGUCCGGCACACAAACACCGUCCACUCUCUACGGCAUGGCGGGCAGUAACGCUGAAGUCAAAGAAAGUCAGGUUUUCCCUCGGAGCGAAUCUUGCCUCAGUGCCCACAUGUCAUCUCCAGACCUCUUCACGGCUUCCUCCCAGCCUCUCGCACCGUCGAACGGGCAGAGGGGCACUCAUGUGGUAGAGACCCACGAUGCGUAUGUGAGUACUUACGAUGCGGCCAGGCGGCAAGCCGUCAAGCAGCAGAUCCAGAACAAGGCGGCGCAGCGGCGCUCCUGGCACUUUGACGACCGUAGCGGCGCGUACAUAGUCAGCGAUCUCAUCAACACCCGCCCAACAGUUCGCUCGCCAGUCGACUCUAGCGGCGAGAUAGAAAAAGAGGUUGUCAAGCCGCCCGUGCCUCCUAGAAAAGAUAAAAUGGCACCACAGCCAAACCCCAACCGACUAGCGAAAAAUUCGACUCUUCAGGCUAUCCCAGACGAAAAUGUGGACUUGAUGGUCUUGGACGACCCAGUGGUGAUGGCACCAAAUGCAACCGAACUCGACCAACCUUCUAUGAAACCCGUAGUACAGAAGAAUGCAGAUUCUGCCAAAAGCACUAAUCCUUUUAUCAAUGAUAUACCAGAAGAUCAAAGCGAUCAGGCCUCUAUAUUAACAGCCGGGCAAGAAGAAUUUAUCAGGCAGGAUUCUUGGGAGAAUCAACCUUGGCCGGAUCCUCCAUCAGAAAAGGAAAUUCUAGAACACAUACAAUCUGCACAAUUAACAUCAAAUGCAGCAAGUUCCACAGCGCAGUCUAACAGCGUUCCUGAGAGUCUUCAGUACCAGCCACAGAACCAAGCCAGCCUAACACGAAAGCAAGGUAGAGCAUUGUCCAGUAAAUGCCCUGCUUCAGAUGGAGGCGAUGGGGUCCCAGCGAAAGUUCCGCCCAGGAUGAGACCAUCGGAGCGGCAGAACAAAAGAAAAACGAACGCCAAACCAGCUCCUGUGCCAGAUUCACACGUGCCUGUAUUGAAGGAGUACGACAAUCCUCUGUUCAAGUCUUCGACACCAGAGGACAGGCGAUCCAACCAUUUUAGCGAAGAGUUCUCCAUGAAGCUCUGCGACUCUACGUCCUUCGUUAAUCCUUCCCCCCAGUCCCCUCCGCCGUACUACACGGUGGUGGACAACGCCCAGGCUGACCUUACUUCGCACCGUCGCCACAGCAGCCACUACAGCUACAGCCCUCAGCUGGACAACCGUGAGAACGUCCAGCUGUCUAAACGGCCCGUGUCGUUGGAAAACGGACAAGAUUUCCCCCCGAGAAACGGAAACAAACCCUACGUUGACACGGCCAAAAAAAGACCCAAAGCCAAACCAAAGUCCAGCUCCCAGCAAAAUGGCGCGGUCAAAUCCCGGCCUCGUCAGGUCAAACGGGAACACAACCAACGAAAAACCGGACAUCCGGAAGGCGCCAACACACUGCAGCACCAGAAAGCCCAAUCGCCUCACGGCGGACCUUACUAUGGUUCCAGUCCUGACCUAGUCAACAAAUCUCCUAAAACGGGUCGCCGCGACCUGACCAACAAUCUGCCUACUAACGGAUCGUGUUACGAUGAGAAGCCGAGAGGUCCAGGUAGCAGAUCUUACACGCCCACUAACUACAGAACCAGCCCGUACGCGUUCGAUUCCAAUAGACAGUCGCCUUAUUAUGCUAGUGGUCCCGUCAAUCAGUAUCAUUGGGCUGACUCCGACCUUUGACCUUCAAGUCGUCAAGACAUAGCAUCUAAGAACAAAACAACAACGUGUGCCCUUUAAUAACUGCUAAUCUAUUCUAUGAUUCACUCAAGGUCAUUUAUUUUUCAAUAUACGAUGACCUAUGAAUGGUCAGCUUUUCUACCUGACAAUGUAUAGUGAACAUAAGUAUUGCUGUUAUAAUUAACUCUGUUUAUGUAUUCAUUGUCAUUCAUUAAUAUGUAUGUGUGUGCUCGAGUGAGUUGAAAACUCCUUUACGUUCAAAUGUAAUGAUCUUGAACUUUUACGUAAAGCGAUUUGAAAACAAGGUGAAGCCAGACUCUCUUAAGUCAGUAGUGGGUAUGUCUGGUCCGUCUGAAAACAAGGUGAAGCCAGACUCUCUUAAGUCAGUAGUGGGUAUGUCUUAUCCGUCUGAAAACAAGGUGAAGCCAGACUCUCUUAAGUCAGUAGUGGGUAUGUCUUAUCCGUUUGAAAACAAGGUGAAGCCAGACUCUCUUAAGUCAGUAGUGGGUAUGUCUGGUCCGUCUGAAAACAGGCUGAAGCCAGACUCUCUUAAGUCAGUAGUGGGUAUGUCUGGUCCGUCUGAAAACAAGCUGAAGGC